CUGCGCUAGUCUACUUACAGCCACGCUGUGUACUAAUUUGCAUGGCAGGCACCGCCGCCGCAGGUCAGUCGAAAAUCGACAUUGACUCAAUACUAGUACCCGCACAACUCUGUAUUGCUGUCCACUACUGGCCCUUGAUUAAUAGCCGCCCAUCUCCCUUCCGCACAUACAAUCACAACUACGAUCAUUGUAGCUUUGCAUGAAAUGAACCCAGUGCAUCCCGAACCAAACAUACUUGCUACUCAUCUCAUCAAUCCAAUAUUGAGCACAUCUGGAGACUACAGUGAUGUAUACAAAUGCACGCUGACAAGUGGCCUCGAAAGCACUCUCGUCGCAGUGAAGCUCGUCCGAUUUGGCAGGCAUAAAAAAUACUAUGGUCGAAUCUUGAGAGAGAUAAACUUGCGCAUGAAACUUAAUCACCAAAAUAUCAUUCAGUUGUUAGGUACCACUAGAGAAUUCCAAGGUGGCAGUUUCCCUUCGUUUGUGUUCCCUUGGAUGCCAAGUGGAGAUCUCCAUUGCUACAUCGCGUACCACGGAACGGGAAUUGAGACGCCAACCAAGUUGUCCUUGGUUCGCGACAUUGCCUCUGGAGUUACUUAUCUCCACAAGUCGCACGUGGUUCAUGGUAAUCUGGAGAGUAAAAAUGUUCUCAUAGGCCCGGAAAAUCGAGCAUAUCUGACUGGUUUCUCCUUAUCAACCGACCUUAAUACUAGUCAACUCUUAGGAGCACCCGAGUCUGGUGGAGUGCGAUUUGCUGCUCCUGAAUGCUUCGUUGACGAAGAAGGCGACAAUUCCUUGCCUAUCAUCAACAGUGAUAUAUACUCAAUCGGCUGUGUCUUAUUCCACGUUUUCUCAGGGUGUUUGCCAUGGCAUGAUUCAAAAUCUGGCGACAUUAUCAACGAACUUCGACAGUGUCGUAUGCCGUCACGUCCAGGGGGCGGCGGUAUCGAUGACCUUUUGUGGAACUUCAUCACACGCUGCUGCUCCUUCACACCGUGCGAUCGACCAUCCGCAACACAGAUCCUCGAAUUUUUCGAACAUCAAUACAAGCCUAGUAAGGCCAAUAUCUCUCCAGAUAACCUGACAAAGAUGCUCUGCAAUAUCCCUCCCAAUCCCACUGUCUCUGGAGGUUUUGCAGACAUACGGAGGUGCACUUUGAAGACGGACGGGAAAGCUACGCAGGUCAACCGAUUCUCCGUACAAAUGAGAGGAUAUAUGAAUGAUCCAUACCCAGGUAGCUGUCAAGUCAAUCCGACCCCAAGGCGAUGUCCCAGCUCAAAAACUGUGCGAGGUUCGGCAUCCCACCAUUGUGCUCUGGGUCAACUCAUGGUGUCUUGCGUCAGGGGUACUUGCGUGAACUCAAGAUUUGGGCAAGACUUAUGCAGGAAAACAUCCUACCUCUGCUCGGAGUCGCGCAAAAUCUUUACUCUGUUUCCGGCUGUGAUGCAUUAGUUUGCCCCUGGAUGGAGAAUGGCACACUCUCAACGUACCUCAGCAGGUAUCCGACAAUGGAACUACGACAGAAGUUAAAAUUG